UAUAGCGUUUUCUUAUUGGACAAAACUGCAAAAAUGGGCUUGUACAUGUGACAUAUUUUGACGUCACAAGGAAUCCCUCGGCUUUUCUUCGAUUUCAUUUUGUUAGACCCUAUGCUGUGUAAUAUUUGGAAUUUUACAUGUGAAAUAUUAUUUGUGAAGCCGUCAGAUGUAGUAUUAUGGCAGGAGUAUUUGACUUAGAACUACACGAUACUCCAGAAGGGGAUGAGGAAAUCUCAGAUGACGAAUAUUUCGAGCCAGAGCUUGAGGGCGGUUCAGCACGGGGUCAGAAUGUUAUGUGUGAUGAUGGGAUGGAAACUGUUGAAAUCACAGAAAACACUGUAAACCCGGGGCAGUUAAAGGUCGGACCACAAGACUUUGAACUCCUCAAAGUCCUGGGCAAAGGCGGGUAUGGAAAGGUAUUUCAAGUGCGGAAGAUCUCAGGGACAGAUAAUAGCAAAAUAUUUGCCAUGAAAGUAUUGAAAAAGGCCACAAUUGCCAGAAAUGCCAAAGACACAGCUCACACAAAGGCAGAACGCAAUAUUCUGGAAUGUGUAAAGCAUCCGUUCAUUGUGGACCUGAUCUAUGCAUUCCAAACUGGGGGCAAGCUUUACCUAAUUCUGGAGUAUCUACCAGGAGGGGAGCUCUUCAUGCAGCUAGAGAGGGAGGGGAUCUUUAUGGAGGACACAGCCUGUUUCUACUUAGCAGAAAUCACACUAGCAAUAGAACACUUGCAUUCUCAGGGCAUUAUUUACAGAGAUCUGAAACCUGAAAAUAUUCUCCUAGACAACACAGGGCAUGUAAAGCUGACAGACUUUGGAUUAUGUAAAGAAUCAAUAAAUGAGGGUGGGUUAACCCACACAUUCUGUGGAACUAUUGAGUACAUGGCCCCUGAGAUCCUGACGAGGAGUGGACACGGUAAAGCUGUGGAUUGGUGGAGUCUUGGCGCGCUUAUGUAUGACAUGUUAACAGGAGCUCCACCGUUCACUGCUGAGAACAGAAAGAAAACAAUUGAUAAGAUCUUGAAAGCCAAGCUCAGUCUCCCUCCCUAUCUAACAAAUGAAGCCAGAGGUCUCAUUAAAAGGUUGUUAAAGAAAAGUCCACAGGAAAGAUUAGGAGGCGGGGCUGAUGACUCCAAGCCGAUCAAGCAACAUGCCUUCUUCCGGCAUAUAGACUGGAAUGAACUUCACCAGCACAAAGUUGAACCUCCUUUUAAACCCUGUGUGACCAGUGAAGAAGAUGUCAGCCAGUUUGACACCAAGUUUACCAGACAGACCCCUGUAGACUCUCCUGAUGACUCGGUUCUCAGUGAAAGUGCCAAUCAAGUAUUCUUAGGUUUCACAUAUGUUGCUCCCUCUGUCCUUGAAGAGCUGAAUAAGCCAUGGAUCUCAGAGAAAGAGCCCAGAUCUCCCCGUAAAGUGGGAUCCAGUUUCAAGGCUUCCAUGAGUCCCCAUCAGAUAAAUCUAGUGGAAGGUUUUAGGGUGGCAGGACAUGUCAAUGGAAUGGAUGAAGUGGAGGUGAUGGACACCACCACCACAACCAUUCCCAAGAGAUCCACCUCCCCAGCUAUUGCAACCAAGAACACGGCCUACAAACAAGUCGCAUAUCCAGGGAGCCAGAAUCGACCUCCUCACCUGAGGAUGAAUUGACUAAGGGCUUUCUUUAGGAAAAAAUUAGGAAUUUAAGAAUUUUUCUCAUCUGUUAUUUUUGAAUUGCGGGUUUGUUAUGGACUGCUCUAGGCAUACAAUAUAUAUUUAUUGAACUGACGGGCUUGUGAAGCCACUUCGAUUUGGUUAAGUAGCAUGGUCAAUAAUGUAAAAUGAGCCAAAUAUUCACACUGUUGUGUUUUUGACAUUUGCAUAUUGAUUAGAAGCAUGUUUCUGGGGAUUUGUUUUUUGUUUAUUUUAAAUGCUUUAUAUUACUGUGAAAUGUUUAUGUAUUUUUGAAGAGUUGACAGACCAAAUUUAGUACAUGUUUCGUGUACUUAUAUCAGGUCAAAAGAUGUUGCUCACAUUUUUCUCUUUUAUUGGCUUUUAUUUUAUGCAUCUUCAAAUACAAGGCCAACCUAAAUAAAUUCUUUAUUUUACAGCUACCAUACACAUGGGCUUUUUAAAAGUUAAUCAGUUCAAAAAAAGUCUAAAAAUAAAUAGCUAACUUAAAUGUUAGAGUGAAUAAUUGUUACAAUUUUUUUUCUCUCCAGUUUCGAGUAUGAAAAUUGAAUGAAGUUGAUAUUUAUGAGCUAUUGGUGUUGAUAUUAUAGGUCCAAGUCAUUAGUUAAUCUUUCCUUUGAUAGUAUUGGUUCGCAUUAUCAAAGCUUCUUAACAUCAUUUAUUUGUGUGCUAGUUAGAUACACCAAAAAAGAUGUUUUAUACAGGUGUUUACAAAAUAUGUAUAAUUUUCACGCUCCCUUUUGCAUAGCUUUAGAAAAUUUUUAUUUUUGUCAGUUUAAGAGGAACCCAGAAGUGCAUUUAGACCUUUAGAUUGAAGGAAAGUCUUGUCCUAGUUCCAGAUUUUGAAUAUUAUGCCAUGACUUUGUUGGAAGGCUAAAUACAUAUGUCUAUAUGAGAAAUGCUAGUUCAGUCAUAUUUAAUCAAAGAUAUUGAAUGCACAUUUGAUGAUAUCAAAAGAGAAAUAAUUAAAGAAAAAGAAGUAGAAAUGUGUACUAUAGCUUGUAUAAAUGACUUUCUGGACUGUUUUAUAAAGUGAGGCCAGCUUGUGGUAUAGUACAUAUUUUAUGCUUUUAAAGUACAGGGUGUUUCAGUAUUUACAAUAUAGACCACUGAUAGACAAUUUUCUAUGUUGAGGUAGAAAUACAUAUAGUGCUUGAGGUGAGGGUUAAAGGAUCCCAUCCCCCCCCCCCCCCCCCCUUUUUGGGGGCAUUUGGUGCAACAUCUUGCAAUGCGACAUAGUUUAUUUUAAAUCUAGACAGUGGAACAUUAUAUGAAAAGAUUUCUUCCAUUAAGAAAAGUAUAGCCACCUUAUUUAUUGAAGUACUGAGACAUUUUCUGUUUUCGACAUGUAAAAGACAAAAUUUUGCUCACCUCCACGAAACAGAUUAGAAAUGUGCAUAUAGUCAUGAUGUGCAUAGGGGGCUAAAGUACCUUUAGUAGCCGUUACGAUCAGAAUAAAUCACAGUCCUCUGGAAUGCAUCAAAUCAAGCAGAUUCUCUUUCCAAGACUUUUUUCCCCCUAUUUCUUAUUCCAUGUAAUGAUUUAGAAAAUCUGCAUACAUGUAUAAGGUUAAUGCCUUAUGUACAUCAUUACUUGUCUUGUAUUGUAAUUUGUGUUUGCUCAGUGAAAGUUAGUUUGGAAACAUCCUGUACUUGAUUUGCAAAAAAAGCUACAUGGAAUAUUUCCAUUAUCAUUAAAAAUGCAAAAUGUGGUUCCUAAAAUAUGCCUUGUGUACGUAAUAUUAAUUUGAUGACAGUUUUGACUGCUCUUCCUUUGAAAAAAUUUAUAUGAAUUUUAGACUUAGUUUGAAGAUGUAAUUAUAUUUUAUCCUAUGUUCACUUAGAUAGAAUGUUGAAAUGAACACAUGUCUAUUGAUUUGUUGCCAUAUCUAGUGUGUAAAGUUUGUACAGUAUAUACCACUAAUCAAAAUCAGCUUUUUUCAGAUCUUUCUUAUAGUACCUUUUAUUUUCAUCGUGUGUACUGGUAAGCUUUGAAGUAUCAAUGGUAAUAUUAGCAUUGUAGAGGGAACUUUUCAUCCUUGAUUGUGUCAUAUCCUAAAAUAUGUGCCAGGAACAUACUUAAGUGAUGUGAAUCUAGGUUUGCUGUGAUAAAUUUUUCAUGAUAUUCUGCUGUUCAUAAUUUUUUUAUAGUUUGAUAAAAGAAAUUGUGAUUUUGCAGGUUAAAGACACCAAGGUUAUAUGUUUUACGGGAAGAGGGAUGUUUUCUCUUUUUGAAUUAUUUGAUACUUAUAUCACUCUGCAACAUUGGAGAUUUAUGAAUUUAGAUAUAUUGUGUUUCUUUGACGGAGCAGAGAUAAUUCAAUGCCUUGUUCUCUGAUAAAACUUUCCUAAAUGUUACUAUGAUUCUGUAAACAUGGAAAUAUUUUGCGAUAAAAACUAAAUGCAAAAAUUAAUUCCCAAAAGAUUAGAUUGUACUGUUGUUUCAGUUUACAUUUUUAAUUUCCACAAAAAGCAGCCCCAUGUGAACAAAUUGGUUUAUAGCAUCGCUAAAUACGCUACCGCUAAAAUUUCCACGUUUACAGUUUGGGAAAUUUCAGUGGCAAAUAAUGCAUAGUAAUACCAAGGGUAUUCUACGAAUGCAAUAACGUUGAGAGUUAGUAAUGCAGGUAAAAUGGUCAGUGUGUUGUCUGAUCAAUGCAGGUAAAAUGGUCAGUGUGUUGUCUGAUCACAUGAGAGAAAUACACACUGCCAUUGUGCAUCAAGCAAUUAUUCAUUACUUUUCUCUCAGUGUUGGAUGUCUCAACAUUGAAUAUAUCCAUGGCUGUGCCAAUGUAGUUGUCAUCUCAAAGAUAGCUGAACAGUCAGUUGGUUUCCCAUGCUUUGAGUUAUUUUGUUUGUGAUAGCAUGCAAGAACAGUAUUUUUAAGAAGGGAAAGGAAAGAUGUGCCAGUUUAAUUGUGUUCAUAAUUUACGUUAUUUAUAACCUAAGUUAUUGUUUGAUGGUGUAGCUGGAAUAGUACAAGUUUAGGUGUAUUGUUAUGUGAAGAGAAUCUUGUUAAUAAAUACAGAGUCUUGUGUCUCCCCUCCUAAACGUAAUGAUCACAUUAUCAGUUACAUGUUUUAAUACAGAUUGUUUUAUUUGCAUGUUGAAUUGUGCACCAGUCACAGCUGGGACAUUAUUUUUGUACUAAGAAAGCUGUGUUGGAAAUGCCAUCACAGUUUUUGUAAUUGUAAAUAUCAUGCUAUAAUUGUUACUAUGACUCUUUCAUCAGCGAUAUAUUAUUUUGUCCAUAUUUUUUAGUAUAUCAUUUUUUCCCUUCACAGAUUUUUGUUUCAUUUUAGAAAUGAGUAGUAUUUAAUGUGUACAAUACUUUUGUCUUUGAAUUUUACUGUUUGACUAAUAUACCUAUGCAGAAAUCGUGAAAUCAGGAGAUCAAACUUAAUUCAAAAUGUAGCAUUUAGUACUUUGAUGAGAGAAAUGUGUAAAUUAUUUUCCAGAAAUUUUAAGCAGUGUUCGAGUGGUAUUCUUUGUAUGAGAAAAGAUUUCCUGCAGUUUACAGAAAAUAUCUGAUCUUACCUUUUAGCAGUGUGCACAUGCAGUUGACACAAAUUGUUACAUGCAGUUGUUUAUGCAACUUCAGUCAUAAAUAGAAUUGAUUGUAUCCAUGUUCUGCUUGAUAUGAUGUUUAAAGUUUAAUGCACUGCUGUGGAAGGGUGCUCAUAAUUUGUUGGAUGAAAGAGGCAGACUUUAAUUUAUUGUAUGAGAGUUUUAAUUUUCUGCUCAUUUUAAUUUUCAGUAGCAAGUAUCUCCAUUUUAGUUGAUAUCAUUUUUAAACAUUGAGAAUUAAAAGCAAUGAAAUAAAACGUACAUGCAGAAGCA